UGCCUUCUACGUUUCCUCAGUUGUGUUUUAUUUUUAUUAUUAUUAUGGCUACCGAAGUUAGCAGUUCUCUGAUGAGAGCGAUCGACGGCGGAGAUUCUCCGGCUGGGAUAUCGACGGCUCCUAUUACGAGGGACUUCCUCGGCGGUGUUGACGGCAAGGAGCUUGAAGGCCUGGACCUGCAAGUUCCGUCUGGAUGGGAAAAGCGCCUGGACUUGAAGUCGGGAAAAAUUUAUCUACAGAGGAGUAGUUCAUCGAUGCCGAAAUCUGCAUCGGACGGUCAGAAUUAUCGGGACCUGUGGUCCACGCCAAAGCAGGGGAAGCAGACGCUUGACCUUCUCGACCUCGAUUCCGGCCUGGAAUUGAAGCUCCUGCCGGCGUCGCCGUCGCCGUCGCCGUCGUACCAGAGUGUCUGCACUCUGGAUAAAGUGAAAUCGGCGCUGGAGAGGGCGGAGAAGGCGAGCGCCGCCGCAAGGAAGCGAUCGGUGUCGUCGUCGUCAACUUCAUCGUCGUCGGUAAGGGACGCCGCCGGCGCCGACGCCGAUCGGGAGGAGCGGUCGCCGGAGGCGUCGUUUGCCGCCGCCGCUUGCUCCGGCUGCCUGAUGUACGUGCUCGUCUCGCCGGGGAAUCCGACGUGUCCACGCUGCGGCUGCCGCGUGCCGUUGCCGGCGGCCGCCGCCGCGGCGAAGCGGCCGAGGAUUGAUCUGAAUUUGUCUGUUUGACUGAAAUUCGAUUUAUUUUUCAGUUUUUUUUGUAAAGAUUGGUGAAAUAUAGGAAUUAAAGUUCAAAGA